UCGGUGCCGUCGAGGCCCAUUCUGUUAACUGUGUUGCUCUGGGAAGCAGAGAAAUACUACGCUAGUAGCCCGAGACGACGACAAACCGUCGUCUAUCCGAGUCAGUCAGUUGUUGUUUGUUGUUGUUCGUUGUGAAUAGUGACACCUCCGCCAUGGCGCCAACGCCGUACCUUCUGCCCGCCACCUCCGAGUACACCGAGGAGCCCAUCUCCAGGACCUACCAGUACAGGAAGGUGAUGAAACCGAUGCUGGAGAGAAAGAGGAGAGCCAGGAUCAACAGGUGCCUGGACGAGCUCAAAGAGCUCAUGGUGACGGCGCUCCAGAACGAGGGAGAGAACGUUUCCAAGCUGGAGAAGGCCGACAUCCUGGAGCUGACGGUGCGCCACCUUCACAGCCUGAAGAGGCAGCACCAGCUCAUCUUAGCCGCCCCCGAACAGAGCUACGCCGACAAGUUCAGGGCCGGUUUCUCGCAGUGCGCUCAGGAAGUGUCUCAGUUCCUCACCGCGCCUCCUCUCCAGGAGUGCGAAGAUCGCACCUCGGGGAAGAGGCUGUUGCAGCACCUGGGUGCCUGCGUACGUCAGAUGGACGUCGCGACGCCACCGCCGUCCGCCAGGUACUCGCAGUACUCGACGCCGCCAGCGUCGCCCGAGGCGCAGAAGUCGAUGUGGAGACCGUGGUGAACUGUGUGUCGUUUAUUAUUUUCCCUUCUUCCUCAAGUUGGUAGUGAUGUCUUCCGGAUUCGUUGGUUGUUAUUAAUGAUGAUUAUUAUUAUUAUUAUUAUUGUCUCGAGUUCACAGUAUAUGCCUCCCACGAACCCACCCCCCUGUUCUUAAUGUUUCGAAUGUACAUUUGGAAAAAAUCAGUAGCUUUAAAUAUACUGUGAUAUGAAAAAUAGGUUAGCGAUUUUAAAUUUUAUCAAAUUUCAUUAUUGGACACGUUUUUCGAAUGUUGGUACCUGAUGAUGAUUGGUUUGUUUGUUUUAGUAUCUAGGAUAGUUUGCUCAAUUUAUAUAUUGAUAGU